AGUUUAACUUUCAUGUUCAUUUCAUCAUGGCGACCUCGAAGUUCCUUAUUCUUUUUUUCCUUAAUAUUGUUCGCGUAGAGGCGCUGUAUUUUUAUUCCAAUACAACACACGUUUGUAACUUCACCGUUGUGGAUUCCCAGUUAUUCAUAGAAGGCUGCCGGGAAGAUGCUGCCUUUAAUAGACUUGAUACUUCAACAAAUUACGAGGAGCUUCUUGUACAGCAGUGCACAAGUUUACAAAGCAACGACGCUGUGUCUAAAUGCUAUGGUGGCGUGACAAACGCUGGUUUAAGGUACAGCGUGGACAUUCGAAAUGGUCGCAUUAAAGUGACGGACACACAGACGCAGCAGAGUGGCGUUAUAGACAUUAACAGACCGGACUACGGUCACUCACCCCCGGACAUAACGGUGGACUUUGAAAGAGGGUACUUAUUUUGGUCCCAAAGAGGAUCCUCCCCGGCUAUAGUCAGAUCCUCCCUGUCAGGACGAGACAGACGUGACAUCAUCAAUGACGUCAUCAACCCGACAGGGGUCGCUGUUCUUCAAGACGAGCAGAAGUUGGUCUGGAGUGACAGUGCCACUGGGGUGAUCAAAAAGUGCUCUUAUGAUGGAAACAGUUGCUCUGAAAUCCUCAAGAAACCCGGGAGCUUCUUUUAUGGCAUAGCUGUAUCGAGUGACGUCAUCAUAGCUGCUGACAUUGAAAAUGACGUCAUACAUUUUAUCAAUAGAACCAGCAAUACGGUUGGUUCAUUUUCCACAGUCGGGGCCCCGAUUAUUUUGGGGAAGUACGACCGAGAAAACGCCACCAAGGCAACUGUUUGUCAGACCAGUACUUCAUGUAGUGGCGUCUGUAUUGUGUCGUCUGCCACUGAGGAAUGUACCUGCAGGGCGGGGCUGUAUCUCAACGAUACCCGGUGUGCAGGAGGUGACGAGCCACUGCUGAUAUUUUCUGACACAGACUUGGGCAAGCUGUACAAGAUGUCGACAGCAACUCCAUCUGCAUUCAGUGAGCUACCAGUGAACGUAUCUAAUGGAGUGCUAGCAUUGGAAAGUUACGGUGGCUACAUCUACUGGAGCAAUGUGGAACAGAGCGGUAUCUACAGGGUUCAAUACCCCGGGGACAGUGAACCAGAACUCAUAGUUAACUCCACAGUUAAUCCAGACGGUCUGGCUAUCGACUGGAUGUCCGGGAACCUGUUGUGGACUGACCCCUGGUUAAAGAGGAUAGAGGUUAGUCGGCUGGACGGCUCUUCAAAGAGGGCUCUGAUAUAUGACGAUAUCGACCUGCCAAGAGCCAUCGCCGUGGAGCCGAGAAGUGGGUAUAUGUUUUGGACGGACUGGUCAAAGCCGGCCAAGAUAGAGCGUGCCGCAGUGGACGGCACGGACAGACUGGUCAUCGUCAACACGGACAUAGUAUGGCCGAACGCACUGACCAUAGACUAUGAGACCCAGAGGCUGUACUGGGCGGACGCCUGGCUCCGGAAGAUCGAGGUGUGUAACUACGAUGGUUUGGAGAGGAGAUUAGUCGUAUCAGCCAGAUAUGUAGGUCAUCCAUUCGGCUUGGUGACCCACGGCGGCCGACUAUGGUGGACGGAUUGGUAUUCGAGGUCAAUUGGUUCAUCCAACAUGGCCGCCAUAGAUGAUGGCUUCCUGGAACUUGGACCAGUUGGGCUCAAACGACCGUCGGGGGUUGCCGUAUUGAAGACAGGACCAAAAGGUCCAGGUAGCAACGCCUGCUCGGUAAAUAACGGUGGCUGUAGCAACCUAUGCCUGCCUCUACCGACUGGAAUGGCGUGUCAAUGUCCUGAGGGGAAGGGGCUUCAGGCAGACGACAGGACUUGUGAAGGGGUGGCCAGAUGUCCAGACGUGACCCUGACUGACCAAUUGACCCUGGUAAGGCACUGCAGUCCCUACGAGAACUCUGUCUGUUCUUUCCAAUGUAACACGGGGUAUACGCUGACUGGACAGUCUGAGAUUACCUGCUUGGAGAGCGGAACUUGGUCAGAUACCCAGCCAACAUGUGAAAUCGUAAAAUGCCCAGUGAUGUCACUACCUGACCACGUGUCCAGUAACUGUGACGUAGAUAGCAGGAAUUACGGUACCACGUGUCAGCUGUCAUGUGAUACUGGGUAUCGCCCCACUGUUGCCGUGACAACCACUUGUUUAGCCAAUGGAACCUGGGAUGCAUCUCUCUCAUGCGAAGUUGUUCAAUGUCCACCACUCAGUCCACCUGUGAAUGGCACCUUGACUCCGCCCCUCUGCACGAACUACACAGUUUUCAAUGACGUAUGCAGUUUAAGCUGUCCUUCGGGAUACGUGGUGUCUGGGCAGACGACAGUUUCGUGUUUGGCGUCUGCGCAGUGGAACGCAGACUUGGGGACUUGCAAAGAUACCCAAAAGCCAAGUUUCAACGGAACAUGCCCUCAGAACCCUUUGGUCUAUAUCUCAGACACAGGGACCAGUAGAAAGGCGGUAAAUUGGACAUCAAUUCACAUAGAAGCCGUGGAUAACUCUAACAUCCUCCCAUCUGUGUCUUACAAGGGUAAACAGGACACGUACUCUGAAGGCGAUCACCAGGUUGAAAUUAAUGCCACUGACAACAGCGGGAAUUCAGCGCUUUGUGUGUUUGCAGUGACCGUGACAGGUACGGCGCUUUUGUGGUUAACUUGGAAUUUAAAAAACUGACGUUUCAUAUAUA